UGUGUGUGUGAGGGAGGGAGGGAGAGAGUGAGAGAGGCUCCCAGCUGUGGACUGAGCAGUGCCGGAAGGACGGGCGAUAUCGCUGGCACAGAAAGCUUCCUCAAAAGAAACCACUUCCCAAACUGGCCGCUCGCCCAGGUUGAUGUUAUAUUUUUCAGAAGAGGGGCAGUAGGGGAGGGAGGGUGUGGAAGUUGGUGAGACAAACCCCUGCUGUUACAACAGAGCAGAGAGGAGCGGAAUUCUCUGGGAAAGUUCCGCAAAGUGGGCGGUGACUUUGGGGAAAGUUGGCGGAGGGAGAGCUCGCCAGCACUGACAUGGGAACUCUGCGGGACCUGCAGUAUGCUCUCCAGGAGAAGAUCGAGGAGCUGAGGCAGCGGGAUGCCCUGAUCGAUGAGCUGGAGCUGGAGCUGGACCAGAAAGAUGACCUGAUCCAGAGGUUGCAGAAUGAGCUGGACAAGUACCGCUCAGUGAUCAAGCCGGCCAGCAAACACAGCGCAGGCCAGUGUGCGGGCUCACUGCAGGAACAGCAGAGAACUAAAAGGCAGGCCAUCUCAGCGGAGCCCACCGCCUUCGACAUCCAGGACCUGAACCAUGUUACCCUCCCCUUCUACCCGAAAAGUGCACA